AGCAAUUCAGCAUUCACCCCUUGAUAAACCGUUUUAUACGCAUAGAGGUCUUCGUCGUGUUCGUCCUGCCCAACUGCCCGCUGAAAAACAAACUCACCAACAAAGUGACCUGAAACUGGGAGCAAGCAACCGAGGGCGAGAGCCAUGGCGAAGCCUCGCAGCGGCGGCGGCGGCGGCCUCCUGGACUUAGAGGGGCACUACGCCUUUUACGGCGCCUACCACAGCAACCCCGUCAACGUGGGCAUCCACGAGCUCUUCGUGUGGCCCAUCUUCCUCACCGCGCUCAUGCUCCUCCACCUCACCGCCCCCUCCACGCACGCCGCCGGCAUCAGCGCCGCGGUCUACGCGGCCUACUACUUCCUCCUCGACCGCCGCGCGGGCGCGCUCGCCGCCCUCCUCUGCUACCUCUGCUGGGCCGCCAGCGGCGCCCUCUCUGCCCGCCUCGGUUUCUCUGUUGGAUGGAAGGUUGUAUUGGUGGCCCAGUUGUUCUGUUGGAUUAUGCAAUUCAUUGGUCAUGGAGUUUUCGAGAAGCGAGCGCCUGCUCUUCUUGACAAUCUUGUCCAGGCUUUCCUGAUGGCACCAUUCUUUGUGCUGCUAGAGAUUCUUCACACAUUUGGCGGGUACGAACCGUAUCCUGGCUUCCACGACAAGGUGAGCAAGUUGAUUGAGGAAGCCCGGAAGGAAUGGGAGGACAAGAAAUCAAAGAAAUCCUCAUGAGAUAUGCGUGAAUUAACGGCUCCGAACUGUUGGGGUCUGCCUGCUCGAGAUAACCUGCUGAUUGGAUGAAUCUAUUGCAAGGAUGGUUACCGAAUACUGAUGCUAUUUAUGUUGUAUAAGAUGAUGUGCGCUAUGUUGUCUGAUGUUUUUAUAUAUAUUAUAAUGGUGACGAAACCGAGGUAAAAAAUAAUUUAUAUAUGUAUACUGGUGUGAUUGCCUUGCUAGGGCCCUUGUUUCUCUAUGAGAGGAAUGUCUUCUGUUGAGGUGUGUUACAAGCGGACCCAAUUCGUAUUUCAAACAUAAGCAAGAACGCGUGUAAUCUGGC